CUCCAUUCCAGAUCUAAUCUAUUCAUGUCAACCAACACCAUCAAUCUUUGCAGGUAGAUGGUUUGAUAAUUUUGCUAGUUGGGAGAAUGGAUGGAGAGGAUGGUCAAGUUCCUAGCAACAAGGAUCGUUCAAGAACAUACUUUACUCCAACAAUGGAGCGCUACUUUGUAGACCUUAUGUUGGAGCAUAUGCAAAAAGGCAAUAGGGAUGGGCAUACAUUUAACAAACAAGCUUGGAAUGAUAUGCUUGCCGUCUUCAAUGCAAAAUUUGGAUCACCAUACGAUAAGGAUGUGCUGAAAGGUCAUUAUGCAACUUUGUGGAAGAAAUAUAAUGACGUCAAGAGUAUUCUUGGCCAAGGUGGAUUUUCUUGGGAUGAAGCCCGAAGUAUGGUGGUUGCAGAUAAAAAUAUUUGGGAUUCUUAUCUUGAGGCUCAUCCGGAUGCAUGGCGAUACAAGACAAAGGAAGUACAGAACUUCAGUGAUUUAUGUUUGAUAUAUGGGCAUACAACUGCGGAUGGUCGAUAUAGUCGUUCAAGUCAUGAUAUGGAUAUUGAUAAUGAAGUCAAUGGAGUGAGUGUAGGUGAUAGGCUUGGAAGACCAAGUCCUCCCAACACUGAGCGUUUAACAACGGAAUGGACAUUAGCCAUGGAUCAGUUUUUCAUCGAGUUGCUAUUAGGUCAGCUAGAAAAAGGCAAUAAACUUGAUGAUUACAAUUCAACUACCAGAGCAGUAUGGGCUGAGAUGCUCAAUCUAUUCAAUUUAAAGUUCGGUCCCCAUCAUACGAAAAGGGUCUUAAGACAUUGUUAUAAGAAAUUGUUCAAGUGUUAUAUCGAUAUAAUGGGUUUGCUCAAACGAGAUGAUUUUUCCUGGGAUGCAAAGGAGCAAAAGGUAGUUGGUAAAGAUGAUGCUUGGGAUACUUACCUAAGGGCACACCCGCAUGCACGUCUUUACAGAGAGAAGUCCAUGCCAAAUUAUAAAGACUUAGAAUCGAUAUUUGGAACUAUCAUUGAGGGAUCUGGAAUUAGUGACUUGGAUAUGAACCUUGAUGAGGAGCUAGCAGGAUCAAAGACUGGUAGUGAACGCUCCAGAACUCAUUGGACGCUGCCAAUGGAUAGUUAUUUGAUUCACUUAAUGCUGGACCAGGUUCAUAGAGUAAACAGAAUCGGACAGUCAUUUGUCACUCAGGCUUGGAUUGACAUGGUUGCGUCGUUCAAUGCCAAAUUUAGCUCCAACUAUGACAGAGACAUCGUGAAAAAUCGAUACAAACACUUUAAGAGGCUGUACAAUGAUAUCAGUACCCUUUUAGGAGAGACUGGCUUUUCAUGGGACAAUGCACGAGAAAUGGUGGUAGCCGAAGAUCACAUUUGGAAUGAUUACAUAAAGGCACAUCGUGAUGCAAGAUGUUACAGAGCUAAAGCUGUGCCUAAUUACCAUAAACUGUGUACUGUUUUUUGUCUAAGUACUUCUGAGGGUCGAUAUCGUCAUCUGGCACAUAAAGCUUCCGUCCCAAGCAUAGGUGAAGGUAACAACAGUUGGUUAUCUUCAGAAGCAAAAGAAAACAGCAAUUGGACACCCCAAAUGGAUGAAUGCUUUAUUCAAUUACUGCUGGAGCAGCACAGAUGGAAUAAGUUUGUUCAUAGUUUUGACGACCCGAUUUGGCCAGUCAUUACAUCAUCAUUUAAUGCUAGAUGUAAAUUACACUAUGACGAUCAGGCUCUCCAAGAUCGAUACUCAUUCUUCAUGAAACAGUUUAGUGAUGUUGAAUACGUUCUUAAUCAAAGUGGUUUUAGCUGGAAUGACACUCACCAGAUGGUUGUAGCUAAUGAGGAGGCAUGGGAUGCUUAUAGCAAGGAACAUGCUUUUACAACUUUCAAGGGUGUAGUCUUGAGGCACCAUAAAGAUUUGUCUUUGAUUUUUGGAGGCUUCUGUUCUGAGAAGUUAGUAACAAAAACAGUUAUGCCAAUGGGUAUAGACACGGUUGCGAAUUCUCAAAUCCCACUUAAAGAAACUGAGGGACUUAACAAGAGAAAGCGGGUAAAAAAGUCGCCAUUAACUUUACGACGUAGGGGCAGAGUGCGAAGAAACCAAAGUGAUUAUAUCAAAGAAGUUUUCACAAAUAUGACAAGUUUGGUUUCCAAGUUGCUAACGGCCAAGAUUGACAACAACGUUAUUGCAAUAGGUAAAGCAAUUGAUGCACUUAAAGCUAUACCGGACAUAGAUGACGAUCUUUUGUUAGACGCCUGUGAUAUCCUUGAAGAUGAGGAAAAAGCGAAGACUUUUUUGGCAUUGGACGCUUCACUACGGAAGAAGUGGUUGCUGAGGAACCUCGGACGCUAAUAGUGAUGGAAGAGUUGGGCCAUUUCAAUAUUUUUGUGUGGAGGACCUGGAGGACAUAUAAAGGUGAAUUUUCAUUGGCCGGUGAUGGAAGGGACUGGAUUGUAGUUUGCACAAACUCUUUGGGGCUUCUAUGGCAAUGGUACACAAGAUCAUUGGUUUAUACCUGAAAGUGGGGUUUUGUCUAAAUAACUUUUUUUAUGUAGUUCACUUUAAAAUUUUGAUUAAAAGGAAGGUGUUUCAUAGUAACCAUCCAAUAGGAUAUCGGGGCCUUAAUAUUACCAUGAGACUCGUUGUUUUAUCUUCAAAGGAUUGUGAAGGUAAUCCAAUCCACUGACAACCUCGUUGUAUAUCUUAAGGCAUUAGUUUCAUGUGAUACUUGUGGAUACAAUGAUUUGCACUUUACAAGUAUCACAUGUGCAUUAAUGACUAAAGAUACCCAUCGGUGUUGUCAAUGGAUUGGCUUACCUUGACAAUCCUUGGAAGACAAAACAUGGAGUCUUGUAUCAUGACUCAUGAGUUAGUGACAUUAAGAGCUCCAACAUCCUAUUGGAUGAGAAGCGGGAAGCUAGGGAUGUGAGUUAGGAUGUGGUUAGAUAUGCCUACUUGUAAACCUGGAUCUGCUCAUCAUUUUAGUCAAAGAAUCUUGUAGUUUAAAUCUUGUAUAUUAAAUACAGUAUAUUAAAUCUUGUAGUUUAUGAUUCAA